AUGGAGCCAGCGUACCGGGGCUUCAUCGAGACAACGCUGGAUGCGCUCCUCAUCUUCGAGGGGUGUCGUCGCCAGCAGCUGACUCAGAUAUCGCGACGCUUGUCGGAAAACGAAAAACGCGACCUUAUCACUUCGGGCGCGAUCUUCGUGUUCGACGAGAAGGACACGGGCAUCAAACGGUGGACCGAUGGUUUGACCUGGAGCCCAUCGCGAACGCUAGGCAACUUCCUCAUCUAUCGCGAACUGGACAAGAAGGCAAACUCGGCCGCAGCCGCCGCUUCUGUUGAUGGUGAAGGCGAGGAGGGAUCCAGUGCUACACCUGUGUCCACGCGACCCGUUCUCAUACCUCCGUCGGCGCGACGAAAGAGCGUCAGUGACGAAGCAAGCUCCGGGACACUCGACAAAGCCAGGGAGCGUGCUCUCGUUGGCAGUCUGACGGCAAGCUACAGUUUCAGGACCGAUGGGCUGGUUAAGAAGACAAUAUCGCUCUCUGGUCUGCACAUGAUUGGGUACUAUCGGAUCGACGAUGUGACCUCUGGCCGCCUGCGCACUCCAUCAUCGCACGCCGAGCUCGCCGCCUUGGAAAUUCAUCAAGAUUUCCUGUCGGCAUCCCACUUCCGAGCUCCGCCGUUGGUAGAAGUGGGAGCCGACGGGCGAUUGCGGUACAAGGGCGAGGCGGCCGAUGCGCCGCUAUCUCCUGUGCCUCGCGCAAGCUCGUCCUUGCAUGGCAGCAACAUUCCUAACGUGAGUUUACGUCGAGGGGCACUUCCGAGCACAACAACGAAACUGUAACUGAUUGCUGCCGGUAUGCCAUGCGCCUUUUCUUCAAUGAAUCGUAGGGCCUGUCGAGGGUGCCAUCUUCCGACUCGAUCGGCUCGCGCAUUUCGCCGCGACUACCCACUCUUCAACUCAGCAACGCCGGUCCUUCGUCGCAGCGGGACGGGCCGCCAAACUCGCCGCAGCGUGGCAGUGUCUCGGCCUUACGUACUUCCAACCGCUUCGACCCUUACACUGUGCAGCGCCAAUCGCCGACCCUAGCGCGGCCGUCCUCCGGCUCCGGUGCUUUCCCACUCCCGCUGCCCCUCCACGAGGGAGACAGCCACCGGCGUGCCUCAGCGGGGCAUGUCGGCCUCUCGGGUCUUUCUGGCGUUGGGGAGUCGUUGAAGAUGAACGAGGCGUCAACAGGAUUAUCUCCCGCCCUUGAUUCGCUGAGUGCGUCUCCGGGCGAUGACCACUCGUGGUCAACUCCUACUUCACACCUGCAUGCGCACCACUCGCAACAUCGGCCGCCAUCGACUGCGCACCCAUACCAUAUGUCCGCAUCCACCAGCCAGCACACAGCAUCUUCUCAGCAGCUCUCACAAUACCAGCACCAAAGCCAGUUUUACCAGCCUCGUCAUCCCACUCCCUACUCGCCUACCGAGCCCGUCUCGGCUUCUGGUGCCAGUUCGAGCGCGAUUUUUCAGUACGAUCCACCGCCUCCGCACUCCGGCACCGCAUCGACCCAGCAUCAGCAGAUGCGUCGACCUGAACAAGGCAGCAGCCAUCACCCCUCGACGGCACCGGGCUAUCCCUCAUAUUCGGCACCGCUGACGGCCGCGAGUCUGGCGUCGUCGACUUAUGCCGGAGGACCCUCUUCGACGCACCGGCCGCCUUUCGCAUCGUCGCACCAUCCUACAUCGCAGCAGUACUACUCCUUUAGUGCACCCAUUGCGUUCACUGGAGAGUAUGAUCGACCAUCGAGUCGUAACAGCACGAGCGGCAGUGGGCCAACCUCGAACAUGGCUGGUCCGAACGGGGCCCGCCCGCUCUGGUCGUACUCCUCCGACGUCCGCCCCUCGCUCGAGUACGCACCAUCGGCUCUUGCAUCACGAUACCACUCCUACCAACCGCAACGCUCGCAGUAUUCGAGCUUCGACAGCGCGAGCUCUGGUUCUCUGCACACGGCUCCUCCCGGAUCGGCCGGAGGGCCCGGUCGCUCCGCACCAGCAUUACCGCCACGGUCCACAGGAGGACCGAGCUCCUACGCGUUCACACACACCUCUAUCGGUGAGAACGGUGGUGGAUCGGCGGAGCGAAAGCCAAGUGGGAUGGUCAUGGGGCUCGCGUCUGGACUCGAUGAGGACACGCGCGGCCGUCAUGGGCUCGGAUUGCAUUCCGGUGCAUCACCGGCUCCACCUCAAACCAUCUACAGCAAGUCACCUGGGUCGCGCGACCAAGACAUCGCGAAAGAUGACCAAGCACCGCAUGAAUACGGGGACGCUCGACAUGUUGACGACCGGCGUCUCGGCAAGCCGGGGUCCUCGGCUCCGGAGUCGUCUUCAUGGGGCUGGUCGUCAAACUCGCAUCCGCGAUGA